AUGUCUUCCACUCUCGAAACCGUGCAGGCCAUGCUCCAGUCGGUGACUGGCCUUCCAUACUGCACCGGAACUGUGCCACUAGACGCAACUAACUCGACACUGUUCUAUCGAUCCGGAGAUCUCAAGGCGGACCACUUUUCACCGCUCCAGCUGGGCAUCAUCAAGUCUAUCGUUGAAUCCUUGUUUCACGGGCAAAGAGAGGCCACGGAUACUCGUGUUGAACUGUACAAGCUCAACGUAUACGGCCUCGGGGCAUUUUUCAAGGCCCAUGUCGACACCCUGCGUAGUGAUAAGAUGUUCGGCUCUCUCGUUGUCGUCCUUCCCACCGCUCACACGGGAGGGUCUCUCAUCUUCCGCCAUCAAGGGAAUGAAUGGACCUUUGACUCGGCCAAGGCUGUCAAUGAAGAAUCUACCCCAUAUGCUGCGUUCGUGGCGUUCUUCAGCGACGUCGAACACGAGGUCUGA